UGGAAUCCACUUCUUCCUCUCCCUUCCGCUCCAAAGAUGAUUGAGAGGGCACUCGCAGCAGCUUGGUUGAAGAAGAUUUGAGGGUUGCACGGCUACAUGUAGGAUUUAGUAAAUUCUUUAAAUUUGCAUUUAGCAAAUUCUAAGGGCUUCGGGGGUGGCAGAGGAAGCUGAUUCUGCGGCGAAGGAAGAGGCAGACCCUUGCAGAUCUUACUACCUUCGAGAACGGACAUUGGAAAACUUUGGGCGGACCUUCGCGUGCAGAUCUUUUAGUCUUUGCGCCAAAUACUCGUGAAGGGAAGAAUUCCUCACAUCGUCGACUUCCACUUCGCUUCGUCCAGUCUGAAACCCUAACUGGAGCUAGCUUUGAAGGGAGCGACAGGGUGGCUGUUCGAAGAAGAAGACCUUUGAAACUCCAAUCUUUCGCCCCCUUUUGCUCUUUUCCUACGUGAAACAUUGCUAAGCGGUAUUUCUGGCAGUUUGAUUGUGGCUAAAGCUGCUAGGUUGCACAAUGACUUGGUGCAAUCAUUGCGAAUCUGAAUCUACCGCUGUUCGGGAUUGUGAUAGUGGAAACCUUUGCUGUAAUGCUUGUGGAAAGAUUAUUGAUCGUGAUGUUUAUUUUAAGGGUGCUACAUUCGAAAAAUCAAGCAGUGGCCAGAGCAGGUUAUCUGGUAACAUUCUCCGCAGUGUUGCUGGUGCAUAUUCACUGUCACGCCAGAAAACUUUGGACAAGGGGAGAGAUGAGAUUAGUAACAUUCUGCUUCAUCUGAAUGUAGGAAGUGGGGAAUCUUUAAUCAAUAGAGCUCAUAAUUUAUAUAAAAUAGCAGUAGAAAAGAAUUUUACGAAAGGACGUAAAACAUCUCAUGUUGCAGCUGCUUGCCUAUAUAUUGCUUGCCGGCAGACUGAAAAAGCCUAUCUUCUUAUUGACUUUUCAGAUUAUUUGAAGAUAAACGUUUAUGUGUUAGGUGCUGUUUUCUUGCAGCUGUGCAAAAUGUUGAGGCUUUCUGAUCAUCCUAUUGUUCAAAAACUUAUUGAUCCAAGCCUUUUCAUCCAUCGGUUCACAGAGCGCUUGUUAGGUCGAAGGCAUAAUCCUGUGUCUGAAAUAGCACUGCGCAUUGUUGCUAGCAUGAAACGUGACUGGAUGCAGACAGGCAGGAAACCUAGUGGCUUAUGUGGUGCGGCAUUAUACAUAUCUGCACUUUCUCAUGGCUUCAACUAUUCUAAAUCAGAUGUUGUAACUGUUGUACAUAUUUGUGAGGCAACUCUGACAAAAAGGCUAAUUGAGUUUGAGAAUACAGAGUCUGGUUCUUUGACGAUCGAGGAUUUUAUUGCCAGGGCUGAUGAGCUCAAUGAUGUCUCUCAAUCAUAUCAGUCACCCACACCAGGGCAAGUGCUGUGUGAGCACAAGGAUACAAAUGAACCUCAUUUUGCUCAUGGACUUUGCAGACAAUGUUUCAAUGAAUUUAUUAAAAUAUCAGGGGGACUUAAGGGAGGUGCAGAGCCUCCAGCCUUUCAGAAUGCUGAGAAGCAGAGGAUGGAGAAGGCCAGAGCUGAGGCUAAGACUGACUCAUCAUCAAAGCCCACUGCAGAUUCAACUGGAUGUGCAACAAGUGCGUCCCAAGGACCGAAUCUUAAUGGACAUCAUUUUGCGGAUUGUUUUGCUUACAAUGACUCGGAGCAGGAUUUGCAUGAAGAAGGAACUGGAGACCCUGAAAGCUUUUCUGAUAUCGAUGAUGUUGAGGUUGAUGGUUACCUUCACAAUGAAGAGGAAAAGAAAUAUAAGAAGAUCAUAUGGGAAGAAAUGAACAGAGAAUACCUUGAGGAGCAAGCAGCCAAGGAAGCUGCUGCCGCUGCUGCAGAAGCAGCUGAAAAAGCUUAUGUGGCUACUAUGUGUAAUAAUUCCGAAGAAUUUCGUUCGGCACAAGAACUGGCAGCAGCUACUGCAGCAGCAUUGGAAAAUUCUAAAAAGGAAAAGAAGCGAAAGCGAGCAGAAGAGAAAAAGAACUCAAUGCCUGCUAAAUCUCCUCUUGAAGCAACAUGCCAACUACUAAAACGAAAGUCUUUUAGUUCAAAAAUUAAUUACAAGGCGCUGGAGAGUCUGUACACGGAUGGUGCAAAGCAACAACAGACUGAGAUUGGUGAUGGAGAAGCUGACAAUGGUGAGGUGAAGGGACUUGAUGAAGAUGCUGCGGCAGAUGGUAGAGAUGGCUUUGGGACACAGGAAAAUGUCGAAGAAGACCGACAUGAUUAUGAUUAUGAUUAUGGUGAUGGAGAUGAUGGCUAUGGUGAUGUUAAUGAUAACUAUUAUCACAACGAAGAUGAUAAUUAUGGUUAUGGAGAUGAUGACUAUGGCUAUGAUUAGUGGUGCGCUUCCCUUCAGCCUUGUCACCAUACUGCCAUUCAGGUCAGAUAUGUAUGUAUUUAUUAUUCUUUUUAUGCAGCUUGACAAAUGAUUUUUAACAUCUUUGUAUUUGCUAAGUUGCGUUCAUUUUGACAGUUUGUUUAGCUUUUUUUUU